AUGGGUGGCCCCAACGAGGCGUGGGCGGCUGAGGCUCAGCGCCUGCUGCUGCAGCACCGCCAGUGCUACAGCUUCGAGGCGGAGCGGCGCUCCCAGCGGCGGCUCGUGCGCUACGACCCCCGGCUGCACGAGACGUACCACGUGUCGCUGCAGAUCGUCACGCUGAUGCAGCGGCCGAUGGUCGCGCUGGCGACGAAGAUCACGGACGUGAUCGUGCGGGCGCCGACCAAGUUCCCGGGUUCGGAGCCGCUGCCCAUCGAAGUGGGCCUGGCGGCCAGCUUCUGCACGGCCCGCCUCAUCUUCGAGCUGGUCCUCCACUCGUUCGCCGGCCAGCUGCCGCACCCCUUCAGGCGCUUCGAGGUGCCCUGGACGCCCUCGUGA